GGCAACAUGCAAACGGGCUGAUGGAUAAUAUUGUUUAAUCCGCAUGGAUCUGUGUUGAUUGUUGAAUGAAUAAAGAAAAUUCCAAACUUCCGAAAUGGCAGAUGGAGUGAUCGCUGCUGAGCUUCCAAGUGUACUCGAAUGGCGGAACUGGGCAACGUUGACAUCGAAAUUCAAGGUGAAUAAUAGAAUACCGCCACUCUGCUCGCUUCCAUCUCCAACCAAAUCCAAUCCAAUCCAAUCCAUCUCACUACUCCAUUCCUUCACCUCUCUCUAAAUUCUCAAUUCAAUUCAUCGCUCUUCGCCCCUAAUUUCCUUUUUCCUUUCACCACACCGAUUGGAUCCUCCGCCACCAUGAAUGCCCUAGCCGCUACCAAUCGCAACUUCCGCCAUGCCGCGCGUAUUCUCGGUCUCGACUCCAAGAUCGAGAAGAGCCUUCUCAUCCCCUUCAGAGAGAUCAAGGUUGAGUGCACGAUCCCGAAGGACGAUGGGAGUUUGGUGUCCUAUGUUGGUUUUAGGGUACAGCAUGAUAAUGCCCGCGGCCCGAUGAAGGGAGGGAUCAGAUACCAUCCUGAGGUUGACCCUGAUGAAGUAAAUGCUCUAGCUCAACUAAUGACAUGGAAGACUGCUGUAGCAGAUAUUCCUUAUGGAGGAGCAAAGGGCGGGAUUGGAUGCACUCCGCGAGAAUUAAGUACAAGUGAGUUGGAACGCCUGACUCGAGUAUUUACUCAGAAGAUCCAUGACCUCAUUGGUAUACAUGCUGACAUUCCAGCACCAGAUAUGGGCACAAAUGCACAGACUAUGGCCUGGAUUUUGGAUGAGUACUCUAAGUUUCAUGGUCACUCGCCAGCUGUCGUGACGGGGAAGCCCAUUGACCUUGGUGGUUCGCUUGGUAGAGAUGCUGCUACUGGGCGUGGUGUUGUUUUUGCUACAGAAGCUUUGCUUUCCGAGUAUGGAAAGAAAAUCAAAGAUUUAACAUUUGUUAUUCAGGGAUUUGGUAACGUGGGAUCUUGGGCAGCAAGGCUUAUCCAUGAAAGAGGAGGAAAGGUUGUUGCAGUGAGUGAUAUUACUGGUGCCGUGACGAACCCGAAUGGAAUCAACGUACCUGAUCUGGUUGAUCAUAAAGAAAAGACCAAUAGCCUGGUAAAUUUCCCAAGUGCAGAUGGCUUGGAUCCGAAUGAACUUCUAGUUCAUGAAUGUGAUGUUCUUAUCCCAUGUGCUUUAGGUGGAGUUUUGAACAGGGAAAAUGCUGCUGGUGUGAGAGCAAAGUUCAUAGUAGAGGCAGCUAACCACCCUACUGAUCCAGAAGCAGAUGAGAUCCUAUCUAAGAAAGGAGUCAUAAUACUCCCCGACAUCUACGCCAAUUCUGGAGGAGUCACCGUUAGCUAUUUUGAGUGGGUUCAGAAUAUUCAGGGGUUCAUGUGGGAGGAAGAGAAGGUGAACAAGGAGCUCCAAAGGUACAUGACAAGAGCUUUUUAUAAUAUAAAGAGCAUGUGCAAGUCACAUGACUGUAAUCUUCGUAUGGGUGCUUUCACAUUGGGUGUCAACCGUGUGGCACGUGCUACCCUCUUGAGGGGUUGGGAGGCCUAGAAGUAUAGGACUACCCUGCACUAUUUUUUGUAGGGUCACUUUUUACUCUUCCUUUCACAUUUCACUGUUUUCCUAAAGUGCUUAGAUCAUCAGCACUUGCAUGCUGAAAUUACUGUUGAAUAAAAUUCUCACUACUAACAUUAUUUACAAAAUUUAGUAAAAUUGAUCAACGGUUCAGCUUGGGAA